AUGUCCAUCUCGCCAUCUUCGGAGUUGUCGUCUCUGCCCUCCUUGACACAAGAAUCUACUCUCUACUCCGAAUACGGUCUAGACGAGGAGUCACAGACCCAGAGCCGAGCUCAGGCCAAGCCCACGACAAAAUCUGCGUCCAAAAAGUCACCAUUCCUCAAGUAUCCGGCCGACAUCCAGCGCCUCACACGCCGCGGGCUUUGCACCUAUGGCAUCAACACGGGCCCAGUACCGGAUGACACAGACUGGGCCAAGCUUACUGUUCCUAUGCUCAAGGAGCAGCUCGCCAUGCGUGAGAUGCCGGACGAUGGGAAGAAGAGUGUUCUCGUCGAGAGGCUUGAGAACUUAAGCACGUACAAGCCUGAGGUCGUUGCUACCCGAGACGCUCCUGACGACAAGCCAUUCGGCCCCAUCUCCAAGAACACCAGCAGCAACGGCGAGAAGCGCUUCUUUGUUGACACAACUGACAAGAGCCACGUUGGUUCUGUCAAGAAAGCGAUGAAGGAAGACAUGUUUGUGAUCAAGCAGUCCAACGAUUUCAAUGGCGGAGUCAGCAUCAGCAUCCGUGGGACUGGACCCGAUACAUACGAGGUCAUUAUCGGAGCAAAGACCUCGUACGUCCUGACGCAUGUCUUCCGGGCACCAGCAGAGCUACUCCCGCAGAGAACGCUCUUUUCCGAAGAGAUCGAGAGGCUCUUCGAGCGUGCCCCUAAAGUCCGCUUCACAACAGCGGAGGCCAGCCAAGAGCCCUCCAUGUCCGACGGUAUUACGAAGUCCAAGGAAGACAAGUCCUGCCCCGUCUGCUUCAAGGACAUUGGCGAGGCAGAAACGCUUCUUAACAAGAAGUCUGGCGGGGCUUUGGUGCGUGAGACAUGA